UCCUGAUUCGUUUUAUAGCUGUCUACUUUCGCUCACACUGUAGCUCGAAAUUCCCUCCAAAGUAAAUACACAAUGUUUGUAUUUUUGAAAUGAUUACAUUUAACAUUAACGAGAAGAUAACGUGUUGAUUCACUUAGACACUAAAGUUCUCACGACAUAGCCAGCUGUCACUGUGUUGUUGACAGUGAGGAUUAUUUUGCUCGACGAGAACUGCAGCCAUGAUGGCGUCUAACUACAACGCUAAGGAAGAGUACGGACACCAGCCUGGUGCUACGGGCCAUGGAGGCGCAGGAACUAUGACAAAUAAAAAGCCGGACAACACUGCGUUCAAACAGCAAAGACUGCCCGCGUGGCAACCUAUUUUGACAGCAGGCGCUGUUCUUCCUGCUUUCUUUGUCAUUGGUCUCAUCUUCAUCCCCAUCGGCGUUGGGCUUUUCGUGACAUCAAACAACAUCAAAGAGUUCGCGAUCGAUUACACUGGUGUUGACAUGUCAAGUCCGUGCUACAACUGUUCUCAAAGCUACAGCUGGAACAGCACAAAGUCAUGUACCUGCUCUGUACCCUUCGCUCUGGAUCAACCAUUUGAGAGCAACGUUUUCAUGUACUACGGAUUGUCAAACUUUUAUCAGAAUCACAGACGCUAUGUGAAGUCAAGAGAUGACAGCCAGUUAAACGGAGAUAAGACUUCUCUACAGAGCCCCAGCAAGGAAUGUGAGCCGUACCGCAGCAGUGACAACAAGCCAAUCGCUCCAUGUGGUGCUAUCGCCAAUAGCCUCUUCAAUGACACUCUGGAGCUGUAUUACAUUGACCCCAAUGGCUCCAGAACGGCGAUUCCUCUGGUGAAGAAGGGUAUUGCAUGGUGGACGGACAAGCAUGUCAAAUUCAGGAACCCCAGUGGAAACAACAACAACCUCACUGUAGUUUUCCAAGGCACAAGCAAACCUGUGAACUGGAGAAAAGCUGUCUAUGAGCUGGACCCAUCGGACUCUGACAACAAUGGCUUCAUCAAUGAGGAUUUCAUUGUGUGGAUGAGGACAGCUGCCCUGCCCACCUUCCGCAAGCUGUACCGCAUCAUCCAGAAGAAGGCCAACAACUUGACCCCCACUCUUCCCCGAGGGGAAUACAUCCUGGAGGUCACCUACAAUUACCCCGUGCGGAGCUUCAAUGGGAGGAAGCGCAUGAUCCUGAGCACCAUCUCCUGGAUGGGCGGCAAGAACCCCUUCCUGGGCAUCGCUUACAUCACAGUGGGCUCCGUCUGCUUCUGCCUGGGCUUAGUCCUCCUCAGCAUCCACUACAGAUAUGGGAAACGUAACAACAGUGCAGAGAUUUCCAGCUGAAGGGCUUCCUCAUAAGGAGACCUACUUCUUCCUCCCUCUGCAUGCCUGGGUCUAGCCACCACUAGUCUGGCCCUGCUCUGGACUGCUUGCUGAUUUAGCCUGGAUGCACUGCUCUUUGUUUGUUAAAAUGGUUGUGUUUUGGGUUGUAAUGUUAGCUCACUCAUCCCCACCUCCAGGGGAAGGCUGCAGUCAGGUGUUUUUCAGAAGGGUAUGAUAUAUAUUUCAGCAUGUUCCAGAUAUCUAUUGUGUAGAACUUACACCAUUGCGUAUUCUCGGUGACAAAGAAGAAUGUCUGUUCUACACAAUAUAUAUCUGAAUUGUCUGUAACAUUGUGCCCUCCUGAAUAAGGCCCGUGUGUGUUACACCCUGUAAACUAAUGGGAUGAGACACAAGAAGGCUUAGGAUACUGUCUUUGUACGAGAUGACUGCUGAAAACGUUCUCUGUGGUCCUGAAGUACAUACUGUGUUUGUAUUUUCUAUUUAUCCAUAUCUUAUCUCAAAGGACAACAUGUAUAUUAUUUGAGCAAUGUUUGUUGUGUAUGGCUUGAUGGCUAUAUUUUAAUGUAAGUUCCACAUGCAUAUUAUUCUGAAAUAUUUCCUGUUUGUGAAUGUACUAAAUGUAUUUAAUUUACAUACCUCUGAGGCUAUUUCAAACAGUUUUGAAUUGGGAACAAAAGUUCAUCGACAUGUUGCUUCUGCUUUAUUCAUAAUGACUGCAAGCAUUGAUUAUUGCAGGGUAAAAGAGCAGUCAUCGAUUUUUACCAAAUAAAUGUUCACAUGUUGAUUGUAUUGCCACUCAACAAAAAAGAUCUUAUUCAGAUUGGUUUGUCAAUGUUUAAUCACAUUUUUAUUUUUAUUAAUUACUGUAUUUAUUGGUCAAAAUGUGCGUUUCUCUAAUAUGGUAUGUGUGAAAUCCUAUUUUGUACUCUGAGGCUACAUCUAUAGCCAACUUGAUCUGAAGUUUUUAUGGACCAAUGCUAUUGACGUUGUCUCUACAAUGAAACCUGUUGACUUGACUAUCAAAAUACAUUUUUAAACAAAUUUAACAAGCAUCAUUUCAAUGUUGACAAUGCUAUGCACUUUAAAAGUGAUACAUUUGUUAUGCAGUACUUGAAUUUUCCUUUGGUUGUUAUCUUUGUUUUUAAAGCUAAUUCCGCCCUUCUUUAAUAUGAUAUUGCAUUGGAUAAUGUACUGAUAUUUCAAAAGUUAAUAAAAUUCAAAAAACUGUA